AUGGCUUCCCUCACGAAGCACUGGAAUCCAGGUCUGACCUGGUUAUGCUUCGCUUUGUUGGUACAUAGCGUUGCCUCGCUCCUCCUGCCCGGUAUCGCCCCACGAGACUAUAAGGAGGGAGAGGACGUACCUCUCUCAGUCAACGAAAUGACCAGCGUCCGCACGCAACUACCGAUGGACUAUUUCAAGACUCAUGCGGUCAAUUCUCAAUGUGGAGUGGUUGCUGACAAAUCAGCUGAAGUGAGCGCCAAUCUUGGCGAACUUUUGAGCGGACAGAUGAUGUCCCCGACCAGUUACAAAAUCCAAAUGCUGCGAUCAUUGAAGUGUCAGAUUGCAUGCAAAGAUCAGCUCUCAGCUGAACUUAAGGAGACUAUCAAACAGAUGAUACGUUCUGUGUUUGCGAUGUUUUUCUUCCUCAACUUGCUGACUUGGGCGAAAGGCUCGUCAGGAGCAGUACCAUUCACGACAAUGUUCGCGGUUUUGGUUUUAUGGUUUGGGAUUUCUGUACCCUUGGUGUACCUGGGCGCAGCUGCAGCGUAUAAGAGAGAAUCUAUUGGUUUCCCCUGCCGAGUCAACUCGAUUCCUCGACCUAUCCCUCCGCAGCCUUGGUUCCUGAGGCCCUGGUUGCUAUGUCUGGUUGGUGGCAUCCUGCCCUUCGGCGCGGUCUUCACGGAGUUGUUCUUCAUCAUGAGCUCGUUAUGGCAGCAUCAGUUCUACUACCUCUUCGGAUUCGUCGUUCUUGUUUACCUCGUCCUCGUCAUUACGUGUGCGGAGGUGUCAAUAGCCCUGACCUACUUCCAGCUCACGGCUGAGGACUACCGUUGGUGGUGGCGAAGCUUCUUCGUAUCAGGAACGAGUGCACUGUAUGUGUUCGGCUAUUCCUUGAUGUACCUUGGAACCCGAUUGCAAAUCGUGAAUGUGGUCUCGAUAGUAGUUUAUGUGGGUUAUAUGGCAAUGAUCUCGGCGGCUUUCUUCCUCUUGACUGGGUGUAUUGGAUUUAUCGCGACGUUUUUCUUCGUCCGUGCCAUAUACGGCUCGAUCAAGGUGGAUUAG